AUGAAAAUUUGCAGUUGGAAUGCACGUGGGCUUGGGAACCCAUGUGGCAUUCGUACCCUCUGUGAUUUAAUUCAGAGGGAAGGACCCGAUGUAUUGUUCUUGCAGGAGACCAGAUUGUCCACUCGCGAAAUGGAAUCCUGUAAGUACAAGUUAGGUUUUCAAAAUUGUUUGGGUAUUAGUUCUCAAGGAAGGAAAGGGGGUAUUGCGUUAUUAUGGGAUGCUGAGAUAGAUCUAUCUGUUAUUAAUUAUUCUUCUAAUCAUGUUGAUGCUAUUAUUAAAGAUUCAUGUUUGCGGCAAGGUCACUGGUUUUUAACUGCUAUUUAUGGGUUUCCCGAAACUCAUUUACGGCAUCAUUCAUGGAAUCUGAUUAAAUCCUUAUGUCGUGAUAAUGAUAAACCGUGGUUGGUGUUGGGCGAUUUUAAUAAGAUAUUGCAUGCCCAUGAGAAAAGCGGGGGCAAUCCUAGGCCUGAAAGACAGCUUAGAGAUUUUAGAGAGGUAGUUGAUGUCUGUAGACUAAGGGAUUUGGGUUAUUUAGGGCCAAAGUUUACCUGGUCAAACCGUAGAGCUGGGGAUAAAUGCAUUAGAGAAAGGCUUGAUCGGUGCUUGGUUAAUUCUGAGUGGUGGGCCAGUUUUCCUAGAGCCCAUGUGACGCAUGGUGUGGCCGCCUACUCCGACCAUUUACCUAUUUGGUUAAACUUAGAAGGAGAAGUUGGUUCUCAUUUUGUUAAAAAAUCCUUUAAGUUUGAAGCCAUGUGGGUUGGUGAGGCGGAAUGUGAAGACAUUAUCAAAGGGGUUUGGGGGAGGAGUGAGGGUCCAGCUACUAUGAAUGAGGCUUUGGGUUUGAUUAAGGAGUGUGGAAAUCAGUUGCAAGGAUGGAAUAAAAAAAGUUUUGGUAAUGUUCAGGCUAAACUCAAUAAUGCACAAAAAUUUUUACACAAUCUGCAGGAGAGGGACCCGGGAUAUGGUUCCUAUUGA